GUUUCUUGUAGCUUUUACAGGGAUGCAAGUUAAGAAACAAUGUGCUGAAGCUGUAGGAUUGCAAUGAGAAGAUAGGUGAGAGUUGAAAGAACUAGAAAUUGGUCUUAUGGAUAAAAGAAUAUGUUUGUCCUAAAGAGUGAAAAAAUAAUCAUUUCAUUAAGCUAAUAGCUUUUAUUAGUUGUAUUUCAAGAAACACUAGGAGUUCAUUGUGUAUUUUCAACACAACAACGAGAGUUACGGGCAACUAGGGAAAAACAAUGCGUAAAAUGCUUUUUCCCUUAAGUUGUGUUACUUGUAAAUUUUGGAUUCUAGUGAAGUCUCAGGCAAGUAAGCUUGAUAACAUUAUAACAAUAAGAUUUAUCUAUUCCAAUAAUGAUCAAAAUUUGGUUUGAGAUAUAUAAAUGGAUAUUUGUUUUAGCAUUUUAUUCUACCAUUAAGAAUUGCAGCAAAGAUCUUCAUCUUGCAGUCUUAAGUGAGGUUUUUCUGGAAGUGCAUGGCUAUUUUUGGAAGGAGGACAUCCUUUGUGGAUGUCCAGGAAAGGAAUUGAGGACGGUCAUUACUUAUGUAGGCAAUAUAGUCUUAUCAUGUUCUUCAAGGACGAUUGAUGAAGUCUAGCCAUGUAAACUCAGAUUCAGAGAAAAAGGAGAAAAUUUUGUUCUCACUGAAGUAGUCUCUCUUUGUUUAAGCAUUACUUGCUAUUUCAGGGUGGUUGGAAUUUUUCCCUUCAUAAUGACAGAUUUCUGUAGUACUAUUUAUGCAAAACUUGAUGUUGCAUUGAUGUGUAACUCAAUUGGUUUCUCUGUUCUUUUUCUUUUUGCCAAUCUUUGUCCUUCAAUGAUAGCCGACGCUAAAUAUAUUAAGCCCUGUUUUGAGCCGCAUUUCUUGAGAAUAGAUUUGGAAUGCUUGGUUAGAAAAAUGGGGAAAUGUUUUCGGUACAUGCAAAAUUAUUUUAUUGAGAGAAUAUGUGAUUGAAAAUGAAUUCUAAAGAAUGAGGCUCAAACAGAGGCUAAGAGUAAAGGCUGAUAUUGUUGUUUGUUGUUCCUUCUUUGUGGCGGGACAACAAUGUGUUACCGUAAUGUGGUAUUGUUUUUCCGAGAUACAACACCCCAACAGUAAUCUUGAUUACAGGUUGACACAACAGCAUGCCUUUGUCGAGUAGAUGCAGGCCUCAAAACUGUUGCUGGAGCUAAAAAGUAUGUGCCAGGGACAAAGCUUUGUCUUCAGCCUGACAUCAAACCUUCAAUUCACCCCACAAGGCAGAAGCCACCUCAUGACAGAAACAGUAGUCAAUCCCCUCUGCUUCCUGGACUUCCAGAUGAUCUUGCCAUUGCUUGCUUGAUCCGUGUUCCAAGAAAUGAGCAUAGAAAGCUGCGGUUAGUCUGCAAGAGAUGGUAUCGUCUUUUGGCAGGUAAUUUCUUUUACUCACUUCGGAAGAAUCUUGGAAUUUCAGAGGAGUGGAUAUACGUCAUGAAGAAAGACCGAGAUAGAAAAAUAUCAUGGCACGCCUUUGAUCCCACAUAUCAGCUUUGGCAGCCUCUCCCUCCCAUCCCCAAAGAAUAUUCUGAAGCCCUCGGUUUCGGGUGUGCUGUUCUUAGUGGUUGUCACCUCUAUUUGUUUGGUGGCAAAGAUCCAGUUAAAGGUUCAAUGAGGAGAGUCAUUUUUUAUAGUGCACGCACCAAUAAAUGGCGUCGAGCCCCAGAUAUGCUUCGGAGGCGACAGUUUUUUGGCUGUUGUGUUAUAAACAAUUGUUUGUAUGUCGCUGGUGGGGAGAAUGAGGGCAUUCACCGGUCCCUAAGAUCAGCCGAAGUUUAUGAUCCUAACAAGAACAGGUGGUCCUUCAUUUCUGAUAUGAGCACUGCAAUGGUGCCUAUUAUAGGGGUCGUCUACGAAGGCAAGUGGUUCUUGAAGGGAUUAGGUUCUCACCGACAGGUUUUGACUGAGGUCUACCAACCUGAAACGGAUAGCUGGUGCUCCAUUCAUGAUGGUAUGGUUGCAGGUUGGAGAAGCCUGAGCACCACGGUAAAUGGCCAUCUGUACGCUUUGGACUGCAAAGAUGGCUGCAAACUUCAAGUAUAUGACGAAGCAACUGGUUCUUGGAGCAAACAGAUUGACGGUAAAAUGCAUUUAGGGAACUCAAAAGCUUUAGAGGCUGCAGCACUUCUCCCUCUUAAUGGGAAGUUAUGCAUUAUUCGGAACAACAUGAGUAUUUCACUAGUCGACGUUUUGAAAUCCGACCAUGGUAGCAGCUCGACUGAUGAGCAUCUGUGGGAAACUAUUGCCGGGAAAGGACAUUUCAAGACUUUAAUGACCAAUUUUUUGUCAAACCUCCCUGGAAGGAACCGCUUCAAAAGUCACAUUGUUCACUGCCAGGUACUUCAUGCUUGAAGAUCGUAGUUAUACACGAGCCCAAGGUGACGAUCAAUGUUCAAGGUUGUUCUUGUAGGAGAAAAGAUGUUAGCAUGUGCCUGUAGGUGCUAGACAGGAUUACCAUGUUUGUUUUCCUUCCUAUACUGUAGUGCUGCAUAUAUUUACAAGCGUAUACAGUGUUAAAUUUCUGGUAAAAGGGACAGCAUAUCGAACUGUUGAAGCAAUGGAUUCAUUGUACAUGCUGUUAUUGUAUCUAAAGUUUGUUAUGGAAUAAACCCGGGCUUUCCGUACAAUAUUUAAGUUUUA